GAGCGGGGGAAGAGAGGGAGGAGAGGCGGCAGUGAUUUGCUUGGGAACUCCGGGGCUGCACUUCUACGCUACGGGUGCGGGGAGAAGCGGAUUUCUCUUAGCUCCUGCAAAGCGCCUUUGGCUUUUUUUUCCGAGCGGCUGCCUGGAGCUAUGUAAGGUCUGUGUCGUCGUCCCGCAUUCCCCUUAUUUCAGGUCUGAGUUAGCAGCGCGCAACAGAUAGCGCGGGGAGACGUCCUAUUUGUUCCCCGCCUGUUCUGCUUUUUUAAGCGCCUUGUCUUGCCUCCCGACUGAAGUCGGCUUAAGUUCGGGAAUGAGCUAUUGCUUGAAACGGCUGUCAUCAUUCCCAAUAAUCAUGGCUGCAGUCAUCAAUUCAUUGUUUUUGAAUUUUAAAGAUGGUCAUAUGGUCCUACCUUCUGAAGCGAAUGGAACUUUGCUGUUUAUCAUGCUGGGGAAAGUAUCUCUCAAUUUGUUUCUAUUGCAAGUCAGAAAACACAGUCAUCAUCAGAGCUUUAUGAGCUAUUUCUGCAUUUCACUAGCUAUCUUUGACUUGAUACUUCUGGGGAUGAUGACUCUCAUUUUCUGUAAUCUGAAUAUUUUGAUUGGGGAGAUUAGAUUUACUGAGUAUCACAUCUGUCUUUUGCCUCAGAUUACUUCCUUUGUCUAUGGGAUUUUACAUUACCCAGUCUUUUUGAUAGCUGGCUUGGAUUAUUGCUUUACAAUAACCCACACUUCCAAAUACCAGAACAAAUGUUGGAAAUCACUGUACACAGUUGCUGUGAUACUCACAUGGAUUUCUGUGCUUGGUUACGUUCUGAAUCUUCGGAGCACUUCUUUAUGGCUGAACAUAAAUAAUGACAAUGAUGAGCAUCAAUGUCCUUUCUACAUUAGCAGCCAAACUUAUUGGCUCUCACUUGGUAUAUUGAUCAUAAUAUGCUUAGUUAUUGUUUUCUGUUGGUCAGAAAUUAUAAAUAUGGUGCAGUCCACUAAGUUUAUUUCCGUUGAAAAAGACAUUGUUCUGUUAUUUCCUUAUGAACUUGAGGGCAGCUCCAGAGAUCGUUCAAAACAUCUUUUGACAAGACUUCUGAUCAGCUUUAUGGGCACUUGGACGCCAUUCGUUAUGCUCCAAAUGCUCAUUGUGUUACUUAAUGCAGAGAUUCCUGCCCACAUUGAGAUGAACGUCCCCUGGCUUUGUUUUGUCAACAGCUUUCUUAUUGGGGUUGCGUGUUGGGUGAGAGGCCAAGACAUUGUGUUUCCUGAAGAUUCUUGGGAUGUGGAUCCAUUUGUCAGCUGGAAAUUUUGCUUUACACCUUUCAACUUUCAAAACACCGAUAAAGCUGUAAAGCCGGACAGCGAAGUCAUAAUCUGUUAAUGAACUACCAUAGGAUACUAUAGACUGGAUUGCAAUCAAUGGAGAAGGCUGCAAGUUAAGUUUACGAACUACAGGAGAGAAGGAACUUCAAAUGAGAUAUUGGUUCAACAUUUUCUCAAGUUCUGCUGCGUGUGUAGGAACAUGGCAGUAUAAAAGAAUACUAGGUUGUUUUCCAAAUUGAAUUUCCAGUAUGGGUUGUUAUUUCAAAAUAAAGUAAUGGAGUCUUUA